AUGGCGCAGUAGUCUACCUAUGUCAAAUGAACUCUCGGUUGGUUGUUCGGCCUCGCAGUUUCUGGUCACUUCUGAGAAUGGAUCGCGAUAUGAUAUUUGCAAUUCAACAUCGGUCGGUUCCCCACGUAGAAAUGUGGCCCGAUUCCAGCGUCCAACAGCCUUGUUGUGUGAAAGACAACGUUCUGAAUCUCCUGCAACUCAUUCAAAAAGUCGACAGCAAGAUGCUUCCGUUAACACUAAUAAAAAAAACGAUAGGUUUGUAGCGUCGUUAAAUCUCACCCAGCAUAGAUAUGAUUUUGAAUCCUUGCAAAAACAAAUUGCCAAAAGGAGUGGCGUCCUACUCUUUGGAAACAAGGUUUUAUUCGCUAAAACAGAUGAUUUCGCGAAUGAGGGCUGUCUAGGUUCUGGUACGUGUAGCUCUGUGUACAAAAUGCGACAUCGUACCAAGCCUAAUAUAGUAAUGGCAGUUAAGCAAAUGCGUGUGUCAUCUACGUAUGAAGAGGAAAAUAAACGUAUUAUGAUGGAUCUAAAUAUUGUUACAAAAUGUUUCGAUUGCUCUUACAUCGUUGAGUGCUAUGGAAUAUUCUUCUCCGGAGGUGAUGUUUGGAUAUGCAUGGAAGUCAUGUCAACCUGCUUAGAUAAGCUGUAUCAUGAUCUUCAUCGUCCAUUUCCUGAAAAGGUUUUGGGGAAAGUGACGGUUGCUAUUACCACUGCUUUGGACUAUUUGAAACGGAAACAUAACGUUAUGCAUAGAGACGUUAAACCAUCUAAUAUGCUCUUGAGUUACCAAGGUGUCAUAAAGUUAUGUGACUUUGGAAUAAGUGGAAUUCUUAAGGAUUCUAUUGCCCGUUCACGGCAGCCGGGAUGCACUGGUUAUAUGGCUCCAGAACGUCUUAACAACUCAACAUAUGAUGUUCGUGCAGACAUUUGGUCACUUGGAAUAUCAUUGUUGGAAUUGGCAACCGGAUCUUUUCCAUACACUGGGACUCAUAUUGAGUUUGCUAUUAUGACUAAAAUUAUAUCAGAUCCACCUCCAACGUUACCUCACCACAUACCUUUUACCCCUGCAUUCCGUCAAUUCGUCGAGUUAUGCUUAACAAAGGACCACACUCAGCGUCCAAAAUAUCGCUCAUUAAUGAGUACUGGAUUUUUUGUUCGGCACAACAAGGAACCUCAUGAUGUACUAGAGUGGCUUAAGGGAUUACCAUUACCACACUUACAGUGUUUAGAUGAAACGAAGACCAAUAAUUGGGAUUGCAAAACUCCUACAAGCAUCACAUCCUCUAUGGAUUAUUCGACUGGCACAGUUGAAUCUCCCGAAUCAGUGACCACUCUUAGUCCAGAUAUUUCCGGGGGUGUGAGUAAUAUCUCUCUUGAUGACUCUUCUGAUUCAAAAAAAGCAUCAUGGGAAAAUGUAAGUAAUCAAACUGAGGUAGACGUUACACUAGUUGCAGCACCUAAAGUAAAUUCUGAUUCUAACGAGCAAACACAGUUUACUAUUCAUAAAUCUUCAGUAACUUCUGACCAUUUUGUUAAUGAAAAUAUUUCCCCUCAACUCUCAUCAUUUACAAUUAGUGAACAGUUUUCUGUUGGUCAAAAUCCUCAUUUUUUUAAGACCCGAAAUACAAUAGUUGAUCAGAGUUCAGAAAAUUUUACUUACCUACUAGAGGGAAAGUCCAAUAAGUUCCUCUCCCAGGGCUCUUCAGGUUACGGAUCUGCAGGUUCUGAUAGUUCUCCUGGAUCUCUUGGGAGUGAUAGUCGUCCACCAAGUUCCACCCAAGUUCUUGAUAUGCUAUUGUCCAACAGAAGUAUUAAUGGGAUCCCUCCUUUACCAGCAAUUCAGCGUGCCAAACCUUCGUACACUCUCAGAGUCAAUCAACACAAUAAAUGUUUGAACAAUAUUUCGGAAAACAAUGUUAGUCGAUCUAAUUUGUCAAUCCGUCCCACCGUGUCAGAUUCAUUUUCUAAUCCUAGUUGUCAAGUCUCCUCUGUGCAUUCAAUAAGUGGUUCUGAUCAGUGGAGUACGUUAUCCUUAUCAUCUAGAACAACUCAUAUACCUACAUCUCAACCUGUUACGGAAAAUUCUGUUCAUAAUCAACUAACGUCACUCAUUGAAAAAUUUGAACCCAACUCGAAUAAAGGAGUUGAUUUAUGUGCCAGCACGAAACAUGAAAAGCAUACCCCUUUAAAUAAUGAUUCCGAACAAAAAGGUAAAAGUUUUUGCUCUUCAAAGAUGGAAUUCAUCUGUGGUCGUCCCAAUAUAAACAAACGGAAAGUAGUUGGCCAAUCACGUUCCUCUUCUGUUGGUGCUCAGUUGCAACGCUCUCCCGCUCAAAGAUGGUCAGUCAAACCGCCACAAAUUAUAAGAAAUCUUCAAGUCGAUCAAAAUUCUUCAAUAUGUGUACACGAUAAUACCACUCGUAUGCGCUCGCCAGUAAUUCCAAAUGCUACCUCAUCCAUAUUGAACACGAACCAUGGGACCAUUUUAGGGAAAAAUACGUCUCCACAACAAUAUCAUCAUCAUUAUUUCUAUUAUUAUUAUGACAAUCAACUCGAUGCAAAUAAUCUAAAUAAACCAUCUAAUACAUCAUGGGUAGCCAAAGAAAAUACAAGUACUCUUGGUAGAAAUUCGCCAUCUUAUCUUACUAAUUCAACUUCCAAUUCAUUGGUUAGUAACUCUCUACCCACAAGCAACAUAUCACCUAUUCUUUCAGGAAGAAUGUGUCAACGGUUAAAUACUCAUCCAAUUCCAAGACAAAGCAGUUUGCAAUUUCCAUCUAACGAUUUUAGAUCAUCCAAAAUGGAGUCAAAUUCACUUUUUUUCUCUGGAAUGCUAGGAUCACGUCUACCUAUGGCUUCACAAUCCACUUAUCAGAUUAUAUCCAACGAGGCCCAUGGGCGAUACCUUAACCGAAAUACUUUCCAACAUCCACUUGUAUUCAGUAAUUCAACGUUAAAAGACGCUGGUACAUUGAUAAAGAAAGGUGAACAUCCUAAACAUACACACAGAUCAAUGUCACAACCUCCUAAAUUACGAGAUUGGCUAUCUUUUGAAACAGAAUUGUGAAGAUACAUCUGAUGAUACUAAUGCAUAUCAACAGAAAUAUCGAAAUCCAUUUACGUUCCUAAACUUAGUUCCAGCUCACCUUUGUCUUUCGAUGCUUGCAUCAGCAUUUUGUUGUUAGGGCGAUUUUAUUGAUCAUCUUCAAAUGCUCACAUUCAUUUCUAGUCUUUCCAUUCUCCAUACAAAAUGCAUAACCUACAAAAGCUUUCAGUAACUACUCUUAAAUAUGUUUAUUGGUAAUCGAUUGGGUUACUUUUGUACAUACUAGUGUAAAUUAUGGUCUUCAUUGUAAUUUAUGCCCUAACAGUUUUAUUUGAAGUCAGUUACCUAGUUGUAUUAUUGUUUUAUUAGUCAAGUCUUGAAUUUUUGGAUGAUUUUUAAAAAUAAUCUUUCAACGAAUUCAUGUUAGGUUCCAGAAAAUAAAAUAUUUUUAAGAAUCCGUCUUUUGUGACCGCACAUUAUUAAAUUUCACAUCUUCGAUAUAUGUUUCACUAUGUUAGCUUCAGUUUAACAUGAAGGGGAGAAUGGUACACCCAAAGAUGAGUGUAAGUCUUGAAGAUGUUAUAAGAAUGUAAUAUUCAAACAGGGUAUUUAACACCUUGGUGCCUUUCUGUUCCACACCGAUGAUAGUUCCGAAUAAGAAGACCAUAUGGAAAGGUUGAAACUAAUUAGAUUCAAAUGAACUAAAACAGUAUUAUCAAAACUUUAACUUACCCAACAGGUUUUUUUGAGCAUUGACUUCUUAUUUGCACAAAAGCAGUAACAAUGUGGAUCAUCCAAAUUUCACAUCAUAUUACUCGUUUAGUUUUACUGUUGUAUUUUAUACAAAGUUUUUUUACUAACAUUGUCUUACGCAACUGAUUUCUACUUCAACGACAUACGUUACUUAGAUUUUAUUUGUUUAUUGAGUCUUCUUACCCUAUGCAUUUUUGGUAUUAGAAUGACUUCUAAAAUUG